ACCUGCCAUAUUGAAUCCAGGAAGGUCUUUUUUGAAGUGUACGAGUAAAUCGAUAAAGGAGAAAAUGGCAUCAAGGAGUGAAAGAGACAAGCAGAAAGCUCUCCAAGAGAGACAUCAAGCGAUUUUGUCUGGUCUGUUGAAAGAUGAUGACAACAAGUACUGUGUAGACUGUGAUGCUAAAGGACCACGAUGGGCCUCUUGGAAUAUAGGUGUAUUUCUCUGCAUACGCUGUGCUGGAAUCCAUAGGAAUUUAGGUGUUCACAUUUCAAAAGUGAAAUCAGUUAACUUAGACACAUGGACACCAGAGCAAAUUGCUAUGAUGCAGGAGAUGGGGAAUAGCAGAGGACGAGCUGUCUAUGAAGCAUAUCUGCCUGAUAAUUUCAGAAGACCACAGACUGACUCUCCUUUAGAACAUUUUAUACGAGAUAAGUAUGAGAGGAAAAAAUACAUGGCCAAAGAAUGGGUGCCCCCUCGGCCUGCAUUAGCAGUUUCGGCUGUUGAAGAUGAGAACAAGAAGAAGAAAGAAAGGCCUAAACCUAAAGCAAAUCCAGUGCAGUUAAAUGCUACCGCAAGGCCAAAUAGUAGUGCCAAACCUGCAGGUGCAGUGAUGACAAAUGGAGAGGUUUCUGCUGCCAAGCAAGAACCACCAAAGGCAAAGCAAGCCUCUAAUACUGAUGACUUAUUAGGUUUAGAUACACCUUCAGCUCCAGCAUCAUCCUCGAGUUCUGAUCUCUUUGGUGAUUUCUUGGGCGGUCCUCCAUCACAGUCCCAGCCAACACAGCAACAGCAGCCACAGACAGAAGCACAACAGAAUAAUGAUUUAUUUGGAGACAGUUUAUUGAAAGACAAUACAAAUAAUGUGGAAGAAAAAUCCAAAUCAACGAAAGAAUCCAUUUUAGCUUUGUAUGGAUCAGGUGCUCCACCCCCACAACAGCAGAUGUUUGGGGUGCCAGGUCAGAGUUGA